UGAUACAAAUAUACGCCCUUGAGAAACAGCCUUGAUAACUUUGAGGUUAUAUAAUUAUAUAGGAAAUAUUUUGAAUUUUUACUUUAGAAUUUCUCUAAAAUAUGAUUAAUCUUGGAUUGAAUAUACACAAUAUACUCCAUAAUACCAAGAGUAUUAUAGAAUCCUCUGUUCGAUACGCUAGUAAGAAGACAAGUGGCUCUACACGUAACACCAGCCCUAAAACCAGGCCAAAACAUAGAGGCUGGAGAGUACAAGACGGGCACCAAGUAACUGCAGGCACAAUUUUAGCCACACAAAGACAUCUGAGGUUUCACCCUGGUCUCAACGUGGGAUUUGGUAAAAAUGGUACCUUAUUUGCUAUCAUACCUGGCAAAGUAAUGAUUACUUGUGAAAAGGCUGAUGUUAACUGGGAGCACACCUGGGUUGAAAGAUGCCACAGCCAUCGGAAGGGAGUCAAUUUUUAUAAGAAAUAUUUCAACGUUAUUCCCGAAAAACAACAUCAGAACUUUAAGUUAAUUGAUCAGGUUUAGUAUUCUAUUAUAUUUAUCAGUAGAUGGUAGGGUUUUUUAAUAAAAUGUAGACUUAUAUAAUAAAAAUGAAUUUAUUU